ACCACGUCCAUUUUUUACACGUCAAUGUCUGGACAAGUAACGUUCCGCCAUCCAUUGAUAUCUCAUCUUCCGGUGUGUUUGUUGUGAUGAUUUGGAAAUGCUCAGCUAUCAUUGCUAGUGUCCAAAAUCGGACAUCCUAAAUCGUAGGCUAGUUAUCCGGAUUCCAGAGUCCGGUCAUGAUGGUGGGAACUAUUGUGUCACAGUACGGGGGAAUGAUGCCCAGAAUACUGCCAAAAAUAUCUCUUCUCAGUUCUGUCGAACGCAUUCUGAGCUAUGCAGGUCAUCCAAACGUAUAUAAUCCCUCCUCACCAUAAUGCCUCGACCGUCCCAAGUCUUCUUACACCCAUCACCUUCUCCCCAUGUUUUAUACAGCUCGUCCCCCCUGGCAGUGCCAGCAUGUUUCCCCUAAUCCAAUCUCACCUCCAGCUUUGCACAAUGCUCGCUACGCAGGGUGGCCCCGUCCCCCAAUACAACUUCCCCGUGUUAUCGAUGCCCCCUCGCGUCCCUAUGAGGUCACCGCUGCCCAUGCCCAACUUCAUCCCUAUGCAACUCACCCCAGCAUAAAUGCGGGGGCGCAAGCAUCCGCUGAUAUGACGGGUCCUGUUGAUUCUCAAAGCCGCAACGUCCCUAACUCAUGGACAUGGAGUGGUGCCGCCCGCGCUCAAUCUCUUCAUGGCCCUUCUGAGAUGCACACCAUAACUCAGCAUAAUGCAGAGAAUGCAUUGCUCAUAUAUGAUCAUUCUGGACGACGAGCGAUGCCAUUAAAAGUCAACGACACCCCAAAUGCCUCCCUUCAUCCAUUUCUCGCUCUACCAUCUGUGUCAUUUACAUAUGACCUGCGCUACCCGCCCACCUCUCUUCGUUUUCAAUCAUCAUCUCUAUUUGCAGGCUCUAGCUAUGAGUUACUCCGCGUCCCACUGACGCCAGAAAGGCCCACGCAGAUACUGCUCAUUAGUCCGGAAUUUCCCUGGGCGUUUAACAUCGGCACCAGUGCCGGAGAAGAAAUCGUGACGUGUCUUGACGUUCUCGUUACCUUGUAUGCUGCAUUGCAGCGCCCGCUCACGGACGCUGAGUGGGCCACUGCAGGAGACCAUAAACGUGCGAGUCUUCUCAGAGCACGCAAUCGUCGUACAAGGAUGCAACCUGCAUUUCACGGGAGCUCAGAUUAUGUGUCACGCACUGGACCCACAGUGAGAUUCGCACCUGGCGCUUAUGCGCCAAACCAUAGGCUUGUGCAGCGUGAGCCGCCACUGCUCCGUGUCGACUGGCUUGGAUCCAAUGUUGCGUUCAUGGGGCUUGUCAAGGAUGAGGCGUUUGCGAGGAGCAGCCUCAUUCCAGGUGGUGGGGAGCGCCCAGAGAAGUGGGUGGUGCGGUUCCAGAGAUUAUGACUCUGAGGGUCCGAAGAAAAUGUACAAAAAUGUUAUUCCUAGCUAUUUUUUUAAUCUACAU